GACGUCUCCCUCGGUGAGAAUCAUGUGUACGAACAUGCCGUUGGAGUUUGUGUGCAGCCUGUUUUCUAUCUCGCCGACUGGCCCUUAGUCAUACAGUUUUUCGAGUCAUGGCUUGCACAAGGGGCAACGAAAUUCUACUUCUAUUAUCACACCUACACUGCUCAGGUACGAGCAGUGUUGGAGUUCUACAAACGCAAACUGGGAAGUGAUAUAGAACUUAUUGGAUGGUCAGAUUUACCUGUUCAAGAAAACGAUCGUGGCAGUUACACCAAAGAUCCAAACAGCAGAGUGUUUCGUCAUGCAGCUAUAGCUUUCAUGCACGAUUGUAUGUUAAGGGCCAGGUAG